AUGCCCAGCUUCUUUGGUGCUGUCACUGGCAAGACCAGUGCGACUCUAUUUGAGAUUCGCCUCGACAAUGAAAUCAUUGUGUUACGUGGGGCUGAAAACGAGGCCUCGAGCCAGCUGUUGAAGGGAGUGGUGGUCCUGUGCCUCCCAAGUGCUCUGAAAGUAGAAGAUGUACAUCUGCGAAUGACAGGUCAACUGAAGGUUGGAUGGAACGAUUCACGACUCACUCCCACCGGUAUCUCGAAUAAUCGACUCGACAAGACGACCGAGAUAUUUAACCACAAAUGGCCCCCAUUCGUUGGAGGAGGUGGAGGAUCCAAUUCGCGGGGUUGCAAUCUGCCGUCUGGAAAUUACGAGUGGCCGUUCGAGAUCGUGAUUCCGGGAAGCUUUGCAGAGAGUGUGGAAGGUCUGCAAGACAGUCACAUCCAGUACCGAUUGAAGGCUACAGUUGCUCGAGGGAAAUUGGCAUACGAUCUACAUGCACACAAGCCCGUUCGAAUCGUCCGAACCCUUGAUCCAUCCGCGUUGGAAUUGGCCCAUGCCAUGACCGUGGAGAAUAUUUGGCCGAACAAGAUCGAGUACCAGAUUAUCAUUCCACAAAAGGCCAUUAUUUUCGGGACUGCAAUCGAUGUUGAGAUGAAAUUUACCUCUCUUCUGAAAGGAUUGAGGAUCGGUCAAAUAAAAUGCCAGUUGCUCGAGGUACAGGAAUUCACAUUGCCCGCGGCAUCUCAACAUAUGGAAAGGCAUUACAAGAAUCAACGGGAUGUCGAUUCUUGGGUUUUUGAGCUGGGCGACGACAACUACCAGGAUCUGAUGAAUGAUGAUGGGCAAGAUGGCUACACUUUGACCGAGAGAAUGCCGCUCCCUAAGACUUUGAAGUUGUGCUUGCAAGAUGUGGAUGUUCACGGAAUCAAAAUACGACACAAAGUCAAAUUCAACAUUGCUCUCCAUAACCCAGAUGGGCACGUUUCAGAGCUCCGUGCAACGCUUCCAGUAACUAUAUUUAUCUCACCAAAUAUGCCUCUCAACGAAGAUGGCCAACUUGUUGAUCAAACUCCAAUGAGCACGCAAUCAAUAGACAUGACACAGCAUGCACCUCCUUUGUAUGGACAACAUGUUCUAGACCAGCUGUAUGCCGAUAUGAACAAUACCGGAAUUAUGACUCCUGCGCCACAAUCUGGGAUGAACACGCCUUUUCACGGUCUAUCAAGAGCAGGCUCACACGAGAAUCUGGCUUCACUGAACUCAGUGGCCAAUCAGAAUGGCGCUGUUCCUCCAGCAGCUCUUCAGUCUCGACUGCAGGAUUUAGAUCCGAAUGGUAUGUCUCGGAAUAGUAGCUUCAGACGAUUAAACGGAUCUGGACAUAGUACGCCUGCACCUAGGCAGAUGGAGAGCGAACCGGGCUACUUCGACCAACACAAUUCGGAGUCGAACAGUAAUCCAUUGAGCAGACGGACAAGUGAGGAAGACCAUACUAGGCACUCUAGAGUGACCAGUGGCCAGCAAACCCCGGACGAGCAUCUUGAUUUUGCAGAACUCGGAGACCUGACGAAGGUUCCAUCAUACCGAACUGCUGUUCGAGCCCCUGUUCGAGGUAUGAGUUACAGCGACGCUUUGCCAGAUUACGUUACGGCGACAUCUGCACCUCCCAGUCCUGAAAGAUCUUUCAGCACUCCAGCUAGCCCACAGGAGAGGAGAAACCCGUUCUCGGGAAUGGGAUUCACACCGAUAAACCCACCUGCAGCAGCCCUGAUUUCUGGUGCUGAUCGCAUGCCUUUACACGUAAGACAGAACAGAGGUCGAGGUUGA